AUGAAGAGUCCAGUGGGCGACGUUAUCUACCACCGCUACGACUUCGAUACGGCUGAGAAGCCCAUUGCGGUGGCCGUCGCGGUUGAUGACAACGACACGGACGACGAUGACGAGACCAGCGUCCGUCAGAGCUGCCCUCCUCCACCCGCACCGCUAGCGCCGUCGCCGCCCGGCCACUGCCGGUCGUUCAGCAUUGGUUUCGCCAGACUAGUCGCUUUCCACACGCUCAACGCGUUCCUGGGCAUCGGCGGCGCGAUCCUCGUGUUGGUGCUCGUUCCUCUGAGUAUUGGGCUCGUGCCGCUGUUCGGCGUGGGGAUCGCGCUCUUCCAGCUGUCAGCAGCCGUCGUGGAGAUGCUGGCAAGGACGGACAUCGGCCUGGCGAACAUGGUGUCCAAGCGAGAGCCCAAGCUUCGCAAAGCGUACGGGAUCCAGAGCGGGCUGUCGACGAACAACGGCUGCAGCAAUUGGUGCCAGCGCCUCUUCUUCUUCUUCUUCUCACCGAAGACGUUGCUGGUGAUGCUCUACUUCGCCACUCUGAAGCUGGUUGUGGGCACGUUGAGCCUCAUUGCCGUUGGGUGGGGGAUCGUUCUCCCGAUCGAGGCACUUGUCAGCGGCGGGCAUGCGGACGCGAUCGGGUGGAUCAACUACCAGGACGACCCCGGUGCAUACGUAGGUGUUGUCCUCGGCUGCUGGGUGCUGGGGAUGAUUUGCAUUGCAGUGGUCGCCAAACCAUCCGUGGCGCUGACGACGUGGGCUUGCACUGAACGUGAGGACAUGGCUGACCUGCGUACUCCGAGAGCCGACAUGGAGACCGUUGUUAUCCGAACACCCACUCCCGACGCGAAGCCGACAUUGUGUUAG